CUGAGAAGGUGUCCUCCCUGGGCAAGGACUGGCACAAAUUCUGCCUGAAGUGCGAGCGCUGCAACAAGACCCUGACCCCGGGCGGGCACGCUGAGCAUGAUGGGAAGCCCUUCUGCCACAAGCCCUGCUACGCCACGCUGUUCGGCCCCAAAGGGGUGAACAUUGGCGGCGCUGGGUCCUACAUCUAUGACAAGCCGCAGAUUGAGGGGCAGACUGCUCCAGGGCCCAUCGAGCACCCAGCGAAGGUGGAGGAGAGGAAGGUGAACGCCGCACCACCCAAGGGACCCAGCAAAGCUUCCAGCGUCACCACCUUCACUGGGGAGCCCAACAUGUGCCCGCGCUGUGGCAAGAGAGUCUACUUCGCCGAUUCACUGGGAAAGGACUGGCACCGUCCCUGCCUACGCUGCGAGCGCUGCAGUAAGACACUGACCCCAGGGGGCCAUGCUGAGCAUGACGGACAGCCGUACUGCCACAAGCCUUGCUAUGGGAUCCUCUUUGGGCCAAAGGGCGUCAACACUGGAGCUGUGGGAAGCUACAUCUACGACAAAGACCCCGAGGCAAAGAACCAGCCCUAG